AUGACAUCGAAGAAGGGGCGAGCGACAGAUGCUCUCGAGUCAGGCCAAUGUGGUAUUUUUUUGGGUUUUAAGGUUUCCAAAUCCAGAGGAUUCAAGGUGAUUGUUGAUGGUGGUGGUUUUCGGAAAUGUCGAGCUGUUGUUUUCGUUGAUCCAAAGAUUUUAGCAAUGACGUGGAAGAAGGUGCGAGUGACAGUUGGUGAGGCACAUCCUUGUGCUCUCAGGUGGUUUUCGGAGUACGUUGAUGGAUUCGAUCGACACGGAUCCUCUGAAGAUGACCGUUCUAAGCGAAGCCUACCUUUAAAACCUCUGUCUUCUUAUGUGAAGCGGUUGAACAUGUUGAUAUUGAUGGCCGCAGCCGAAAUGAAGAAGAAGCAGAGCCACCCGUUAAGCGCAAUUGAUCGUAUUCAUUGGAAAUAG